CUAUUGCGCACGCGCAAGACUUAAUCCUGGUAACCUCCAACAUGGCGGCGAGGGGCCAUGUGCAAGACCCUAACGACCGGAGACUUAGACCAAUAUACGAUUAUCUUGACAAUGGCAAUAACAAGAUGGCCAUUCAGCAGGCUGACAAACUGCUUAAGAAGCACAAGGACUUGCACUGUGCCAAGGUCCUGAAGGCGAUUGGCCUACAGCGAACAGGCCGACAGGAGGAGGCGUUCUCAUUGGCUCAAGAGGUCGCCGUCCUGGAGCCCACCGACGACAACUCACUACAGGCCCUCACCAUACUCUACAGAGAGAUGCACCGACCUGAGCUUGUCACUAAGCUGUAUGAAGCCGCGGUGCGUAAAGUUCCCAGCAGUGAGGAGUACCACUCCCAUCUCUUCAUGGCGUACGCUCGCGUGGGGGAGUACAAGAAGAUGCAGCAGGCAGGAAUGGCUCUUUACAAGAUCGUGCCCAAGAAUCCCUACUAUUUCUGGUCUGUGAUGAGCCUGCUAAUGCAGGCCAUCUCGGCCCAGGAUGAGAAGCUAGCCCAGACCAUGUUUCUGCCUCUGGCAGAGCGAAUGGUGGAGAAGAUGGUGAAGGAGGAGAAGAUCGAAGCCGAGGCAGAGGUCCAGCUGUACUUCAUGAUUCUGGAGCGCCUUGGGAAAUGUGUGGAGGCGUUGGAGGUGCUGCGAGGACCACUAGGAGAUAAGCUGACCAGUGAACUGCAGUGUAGGGAGAAUAAGUGUAUGCUGCUAUACCGACGUCUGGAGCGAUGGCCUGAGUGCAACGCCCUGUCCCACAAACUGCUGCAGAAGAAUCCUGAUGAUUGGCAGUUCUAUCUGUUGUACUUCGACUCCCUCUUCCACCUAAUAGACCAGAGCUGGACCCCCCCAUCUGAAGGAGAGCACUGUGCCGAGGGUGAAGUGCACAACGCUGUGGCUCAGGCUGUGAGUUUUGUGGAGGAGUGUGUGUGUGGGGAAGACGGCAAAGAGCAGCGUCCACUGAGGGGUCCUUACCUGUCCCGUCUGGAGCUCAUCCGACGCCUCCGAGAGAGAGGACUACCAGAGGCCUCACAGCUAGGGGACCCUCUGGAGCUCAUGGUGCAGUACUUUGGGAAGUUUGGAGAUAAACCAUGCUGCAUCACUGACCUGAAAAUAUUCCUGGACCUGCUGCAACCAGACCAACAUGUGCAGUUUACUAAUCGUCUGAUGGAGGCGGUGCCUCUGGGCUCAGGUGAGGGGGGCGGGGCUGCUGCAGGGUUCCCAGGCGACACGCGCGCUCUACAGCGCCACCUGUGUGUGACGCAGCUGAGCCGCACUCUUGGCCUGCACCACGCGCUCGACACAAACGGCAAGCUGCAGCUCAUCACGCAACUCAAAGCCCACUACCAGCACGGCCUUCAGUUUGGGAAGUCGUGUUUGAAGACGGAGCUGCAGUUCUCAGAUAUGUACUGCCUCAUGGCUGCACACGUCUACAUAGACCUGUGGAUGGAGACAGGGGACGAGACGAUGCUGUGGCAGAGUGUGUGUGUCCUGGAGGAGGGCUUGACCAACAGUCCUUCCAAUGCCCAGUUCAAGCUGCUUCUCCUGCUGCUCUUCUGCCGCAUUGGAGCCUUUGAACCCGUGGUGGACCUCUACACCAGCCUGGACGCCAAGCACGUCCAGCACGACACGAUAGGGUACAUCCUCACGCGCUAUGCAGAGGCUCUGGGCCAGUUUGCUGCCGCCUCCCAGUCCUGCAACUUCUCCCUCAGGUUUUUCCACUCCAACCAGAAAGAUACCUCAGAGUACAUCAUCCAGGCGUACAAGUACGGAGCGUUUGAGAAGAUUCCAGAGUUUAUUGCGUUCCGGACGCGGCUGAAUCACUCGCUGCACUUCGCUCAGGUGCGCACGGAGCGCAUGCUGCUGGACCUCUUCCUGGAGGCAGACAUCUCCUCGUCUUUAGAGGACAGUGUGAAGGCCAUGGCUCUGACUCCGGAGGACGAUGACAUCCCCUGGGACUGCAUGAGGGACAACAGGGACCUGACGGUGCUCACAAGCUGGGAUCCACCUGACCGGCAGCUGACGGAGGCACAUAGGAAGCAGUCUGUCGAAGAGGAAAUGGUGUGGCUAAAGGUGCGCUCUCUAACGCUGCGUUUGAUUGGCUGCCUGGCACUGUUGAGCCCAACCCAUCCCCCACAGAACUCUGAGAAGACCAGUGAGAAUGGAGUAGCCUCCAAACCCGCCACCUUGCACAAGCUUCUCCCUCAGCUGGAGACCGCCCUUCAAGAAGCAGCGGACUUCUCUCAAACGCACACGAAGGUGUACCCAGUGUUUGGUCCCCCCUCUACGCGGUUGAGUGUGGCUCUGCAGACUGGCAGCUGCUCCUGUCAGCUCUCAGCCCUGAGACUUGUGCCCAGAGUCCUGCACAUGGACAGUGCUGGCUUAGACGAGUCAGCAGAGUCCCAGUCUGAGAUGGCCAGCAGCUUCAAAGCCCUACUGCAGCAGUUGCAGGAUAUCUUGUCCAAAUGUAAAGGGGACCUGGUCGUGAUGAGUGGCGGUCAGUGCAGUACUCACCCCAGCCUCAUGGAGGCGCUGGUGCUCUUUGUAGAGGACGUGUGUGGGAGUUUUAUGAUUUCGAAGGGAGUUCGCGACCAAAAGAAGAAGAAAAAGAAAAAGGACAGCAGCACUUCUACGCCGGUUGUGGUAUGUAGUUUUCUGGAGCUGGUUGAAGGCAUACAGACGGUGAUGUCACAAGCGCUAGACCACCUUAAGGAGCAGGAGACUCUAAUCACCGCCCUCAAGCUCCAAGGCCUGUCGUUGGACAAUGCACAGGAGGAUGCCGCCAGUAUGAAUGCUGUGUUUGGCAAGGUCCAGAGCAGCUACCUGCGUUCGCUGUCGGAGCUCAGUGAGCUGCUGAAGAAGAGGAUGGACACUCUGAAGGCUCUGAAGAUCUGAGCGCGCUCUACACAAUGCCCUGCAGCCCCCCACCACCUCCAAAACACACAGCACUGUGUCUAGCCCAAACCCCCCAACCCCCCACCCCCCUCUCCCAGACCUUCAAUACGGACCUGCGUACAUCUAACUGUAACCAUUAGGCCAGCAUAUGCCCCUGUCCCUCACGUUUACACCGGCUACACGGUCACUCAUACAUGCUCGCUACACACACACACACACACACACACACGUAGUCGCAGACAUGGUGGGAGUGCCUCUGGCUCCCUCAUUUGGUGUGACGCAGACAGACUGAAGGAACAGUCAUUAUAUGAAAUCUAAUAGAUUAUUGAGUAUGCUUAGAUCUAUGCUGUAAAACUGUCCACAGAAGAAAAAUGAAAUACGUUUUUAAUGAUAAGUUGAUGAAUGUCCACCUGUGUUGACCUGAACACUGACAGCCCAACCCCCA